AUGGCUUCUAAAGUGCUGAUUGUUCUCACCUCCCAGGAUAAAAUUCCUGCCAAUGGCAACCCUACUGGAUGGUUCCUGCCCGAGUUUGCCCAUCCAUGGGAUGUCCUUCACCGGAAGGUCGAGCUCACCAUCGCAUCGCCCAAAGGCGGCGAGGCGCCUCUCGAUCCUGGCUCGAUCAAAAUGUUCGAGGAGGAUGCCGUAUCGAUGAAGUUUCUAAAAGAGCAAUAUAGUCUCUGGAAAAACACCAUAAAACUUGUGGACGCCUUGCCCAGAGUCUCCGAAUUUGACGCUCUUUUCUACGUCGGUGGUCAUGGACCCAUGUACGACCUUCAUUAUGACCCGACAUCUCUUGCUUUGAUUCAAGCUUUCAGUGCAGCUAAGAAAGUCGUCGCUGCUGUCUGCCAUGGUCCCACCGUAUUUGUCAAGGCUACAACUAAAUCCGGAGAGCCGUUGCUUUCCAACGCCACCGUCACCGGCUUUUCUAACGUUGAGGAGGAUCAGGCAGGCAUGACUUCCGUCAUGCCGUAUAUGCUUGAGGACGAGUUAAACAAGGUCACCUCAGGUCAGUAUGUCAAGGCCGACGAGCCGUGGGCAGAGAAGGUGGUCGUUUCAAAAACUGCAGAUGGAGCCAUCUUGAUCACCGGUCAAAACCCUGCCAGUGGGGCGGGCGUUGGAAAAGAGAUAUUGAAGGCUUUGGCGAUCUAA